GGGUCCAGACUCCAAAAAGUGGUGUGCUCAAAACGGACGAUCCGAAGAAGACACCUCUCUCCUCUCUCUCUCUCUCUCUCUCUCUCUCUCUCGAAACUUCGUGUUUAGGUUGAUGAAUUCUUCACCGCUUUCUUUUUCUCUCUCUCAAGCAUAACUGGAAAUGGUAUUAUGUUAGUAAAGAACGAAUCCCUCUUUCUUGGUAGUCUUUUUCAACUAAAUUAUAACUGACGAUCUUUAAGCUGAAUUCCCUUGAUGGGUAUUUUUCUUUAGACUCCUCAAUCAGGUAAAAUUUGCAGAAGAGAAAGAAUCCCCUUUUGAGUCUAGUGUUCAGUCAGUGAGGCGAUCGAUAUCAUGGCUGUUGUUGAGAAUGGUGGGUCGAAUAAUCAUGUGGAACCAAACGAUGUUGAUCAGUCAAAAUCAUCGAUUUCGAAGUCGAGGUCGAGUGAUCAGCAUCAGAGUUCUGAUCAGCAGAAGAAGAUGACGACACCUAAUGGGAAUGGUGGUCUGUUAUAUGGUAACAGUGUCUCAAACAAUCAUCAGCAUCAGAUGGCGAUGAAUGGUGUUGAUCAGGAGGAAGAGGGUUUUAAAAAGGAAAUGAGGGAUUUGGCCGAAAUGCUGUCAAAAUUGAAUCCCAUGGCUGCAGAAUUUGUUCCCCCUUCGCUUUCCAACAACCAAACGAGGUCCUUUCUAGUACCACCAUCUCCUGCUGCUCACUUUGGUUAUGCCGCCAUCAACAAUUUCCUACUUCAAACUAACAACACCGCCUUCACAAAUGCCAAUUCCAAUGGAAAUUCUGCUAGACGGAAGAAGAGCAACUUCAAUCAUGGGAAGCGGAGGAUGAAUAGCCGAACUAGCAUGGCACAACGUGAAGAUGUCAUUAAGAGAACGGUCUAUGUGUCUGACAUUGAUCAUCAGGUAACUGAAGAGCAACUUGCAGCCCUUUUUAUUAAUUGUGGACAGGUUGUGGAUUGCCGUGUGUGUGGUGACCCUAAUUCCGUUCUUCGAUUUGCCUUUAUAGAGUUCACCGAUGAGGAAGGUGCAAGGAACGCAUUGAGUCUGGGUGGAACUAUGCUCGGAUACUACCCAGUUCGGGUGCUGCCUUCAAAAACUGCAAUUGCACCAGUGAAUCCAACUUUUUUGCCCCGGUCUGAAGAUGAAAGGGAAAUGUGUGCAAGAACCAUCUAUUGUACUAACAUCGAUAAGAAGGUCACUCAGGCAGAUGUGAAGCUCUUCUUUGAAUCACUUUGUGGCGAGGUCUACCGCUUAAGGUUGCUUGGAGAUUAUCAUCACUCAACUCGUAUUGCAUUUGUGGAGUUCGUGAUGGCUGAGAGUGCAAUUGCAGCUCUGAACUGUAGCGGUGUAGUAUUGGGAUCAUUGCCAAUAAGGGUGAGCCCUUCAAAGACCCCGGUUCGUCCACGUGCACCUCGACCUGUGGUGCACUGAACGGCCUGUGGUGCAUUAUUAUAGACUUAUCCACGGCCCGUAGCCAUAUCUGAACAUACAUAUGUAGGUAAACAGGAACGGCUUUAUGGUACUAUGUUGUUAUUUAUGUUUCUGGUUUCUGUCCGAAUUCAGAUACAUCCACGGAUUUGUGUUUAAAUGUUAAGAGUUUGGGCGAAGUUUGAGGCUUAACUUGGUUUAGAUCAUGACCAUGUUAUCACGUUGAGGUGUUUACGUUUAUCUUACGGAUUGUAUAUGAUAUAGACAGACGUUUUUCAACUGGUAAAACCUUGAGUUUGCUCUUCAUAAGUCACUAGAUUAAAUCCUCUGAAGACGAUAUGAGGAUUUGCGUGAUUGUUAACUUAGUAUCGAAUGGGAUUAGUGUCCGAC